UAUAUAUAAUGAUUUAGUUUGAAAUAUAUAUGACUAAUAUGUGUAUAAUUGUUUUUGGAAUAUACAAGGCAUUGGAGCAUUUUUCAGGGAUCUGAGCACCCGCACCCUUAAAGUAGAAGUCGUGGAACAGCUUCAAGAGAACAUUCCCAUCUUAUUGUGCAACUUGGAGAAGAUAUUUCCUCCUGGGUUUUUUGACAUAAUGGAGCAUCUAGCUGUCCACCUUCCAUAUGAGGCAUUGCUUCGUGGACCUGUACAUUACGGAUGGAUGUAUCAGUAUGAGCGAGCCAUAAAAUAUUUGAAGGGAAAAGCAAAGAACCUUGCCAAGGUUGAAGGUUCUAUAAUUGCUGGAAGUUUGACGGAAGAAACUUCUCACUUCACAUCGUACUACUUUGCAUCAAAAGUACGUACUCGGAAAAGAGCUCCAAGGAGAUAUGAUGAUGGUGGUGUCGCGCCAACAUACGCAGUUGCUGGUGUUCCAUACAUCUUUAGCCAGAUUGGGCGACUGGGUGGGAAAUCAAAAGAGGUUUGGUGGUCGAGUGAAGAAGACGCUCAUAGUGCACACACCUAUAUUCUACUUAAUUGUGAGGAUCCAUUGAUUCGUUAUUUUGAAAGGUACAACAAAUUCGAGCCUUUCAUCUUAGCUUCACAAGCAGAUCAAGUUAGCUACCUUCCAUACCCUCGGAUGAGAGAAUCGGGAAUAAAUUGGUUAUCCGUGAUCAAAGUUACACCUCGAGGACGAAUCAUUAGUGGAGAAGAACCACCAUUGCAAGAAGAACAGAUAAAUGAAGUCGAGGAACCUGAACAACAAAUUGAUGACAUUCUUCUCAUUGAUCCGCAUAAUCAUGAGUAUGAAGAUCUUACCGACGAUGGCACAGACGAAGCUGUUGAAGACGAGUUUAAUGAAAAUGAUGAUGUUUCUAGUGAUGACGAAAAUGUAUCCGAUUGAUGUAUUUGUGUUUUAAUAUGAUUGAUUUUCAGACUUAA